UUUUAUGGGGUUUCAAAUCAGCCCAUCACCUCAUUCAUCACCUCUUGAUUUUCUUCUUGUCACUUAUCUUGCUAAAAUCAUAAUAAAAUCUCACUUAUUCCUCGCACUCUUCACUCUCAGCAUCCUCAUCAUCCAAUACCUUAUUUCUGCUUUUAAAAAAUUUAGUUUCCUAAACGCUAUGAUAUACAAUUACUUCUCUUCUACUAACCUAUCAUUCCAAAAAAUAAUAAAAAUAUCUCAUCAUCUGGAUUUUCUUCUGCCUUCCGAUUUUUUGCUCUCUUGA